UCGAAAUUUUUUCCUUCUUUUUCAACCACUCAUUUUUCUAAAUGUGAUGUUGACAUGUGAUUUUGAUAUGAAAUUCACAUUUGUGUAUUCUGGUUGGGAAGGUACUGCUAAUGAUUCACGAGUAUUUGUUGACGCUGUCACAAGGAGCUCAAACAAUUUUCCAAUGCCACGAGGAGAUCAAUUUUACCUUGUUGAUUCUGGAUAUCCAAAUAUGCCUGGAUUUCUUGCCCCUUAUCGAGGUCAAAGAUAUCAUCUACGUGACUAUGUUGGACGGGGAAGAUUACGUGGGAAGGAAGAAUUGUUCAACUAUAGACACUCAUCGUGCCGUAACAUUAUUGAACGUUGCAUUGGAGUUUUAAAGGCAAGAUUUCCUAUUUUGAAGUUGAUUACCAACUAUCAAUUUAGUAGGCAAAGACAAAUUCUUACUGCAUGUUGCGCAAUAAACAACUUUAUUCGUCAGGAGCACGCUUUAGAUAAGUUGUUCGUACAGUAUUCGGAGGAAAAUAUGGUGUUUCAGGAUAUCCCGGAGUCAAGUCAAGAUCAAGAAGUCAUAAAUUUUGAUGCUAGUCAAACAGCUCAAAUGGGACAAGUUAGGGAUCAAAUUGCUACACAAAUGUGGAAUGACUAUUCAAGACGUCGUAUAUGA